AUUUCAUUAGGAGUGACUUCCGGUCAUUCUCAUAUUUUCGGAAUAAUAUUCGUGAAUUACUUUUUUAACCAUUCUAGUUUGUCCGUGUGUAGGUAUAUUAUUUUUAAAUUAUUCCUUGUGAAUAGAAUUUUACUAAUAAGAAAUUAUGGUUGUAUACUUUCCAAUGUCAGCCAAACUGUCGCCUGAAAAGCUGAUCUGCAAAAUGACGUCAAAGAGAGUGAAUUCGACGGCCACCGCAAGAUUGAAGCAAGAUUAUAUCAGAUUGAAGAAAGAUCCUGUCCCUUAUGUUUCUGCAGAACCUCAUGCUUCUAAUAUACUUGAAUGGCAUUAUAUGGUUAAAGGUCCGGAAAAUUCUCCAUACGAAGGUGGAUAUUAUCAUGGAAAGUUAAUUUUCCCCAGAGAAUAUCCUUUUAAGCCCCCCAGCAUCUACAUGAUUACUCCCAAUGGUCGUUUUAAAUGUAAUACCCGAUUGUGCUUAUCAAUUAGUGAUUUUCAUCCGGAUACCUGGAAUCCUGCUUGGUCAGUUUCAACCAUUUUGACAGGGCUAUUAAGCUUUAUGCUAGAAAAUAGUCCAACCUUGGGCAGUAUAGAAAAAAGCGAUUACGCUAAACGACAAUAUGCUGCUCAAAGUGGAGAAUUUAAUUUAAAGGACAAAACAUUUACGGAGCUUUUCCCAGAUAUAGUUGAAGAAAUUAACCAGGUUCUGAAAAAACGCCAACAGCAACUAGAAGAGAGGACAAAAAAGGAUCCAAAUCGAAUGAGUAAUAUUCAAAGAACAAUUGACGAUCAAGGCGUUUUAUACAACUGUGAAAUGGACGCUUUAAAUAAUAUUUUAAGCGAUUUACAAUGGGACGAAGGCAUCGCAAUGCCAGUUUCCAAUAUUGAUAAUAAACUACUGGAGGAUGAAAUUCAAAGGAAACAGAAAAAGAUAGCCGCAUUAAAUAGUAAAAAGGAAGAGAAUGUCGAUAGGAUAUCAAAUCUUCGAGAACAUAUGAAAAAUGUGAAACAAGAGUUAAAUCAUACUCAAAGUUUAGUUAAUUUUCAAAGGAAGGCUGUAGAAACAACAGAUCAUUUGGGAAAGGUGGCUAAUAGAGAAGGUGGACGCAUUAAACACGAAUUAGCAAGGUUAGGUAAAGACUUGAAUGAAGUUAAAGAAAGAUCAAACCGGCUGGAAAAUGAAGUAUUUCAACGUACAAAGAAACUUGACGAUGUCAAAGAAUCAGUCAAUGUUGAUGAAAAGGCUCUGGAAGAAUGGUUGGAAGAGUCGUCGAAAAGAGAUGAGGAUGCUAUGGCUCUUUUAAAAUACAAUAUUAAGGAUGAGGGAAGGAUUAAAACUAUGAACCUUCAACUUGAACGGCUAUGCGAUAUAGCAAAGAAGAAGAAGGAAGAAUUGGAAAAAGAGACAACUGAAACCCUUACAACUCAAAUUGAACUUGAUAAAACUGCUGAGGAGUUUAGGAAAAUUCAUUUAGAAAGACAAGAUCUUUUAUUUCAAUGGGAGAAAAUAAUUAAACAAAUGCAAGUAAAAGAUGAUGAAAUAACCCAAAUGGCUGUAAAAUUAACACUAGCAAAGCAGGAUAUACGAACAAUAGAUGAAGAGAUAGCAGAAAAAGAACAAUUUUUAAAGGCAGAAUCCGAUAAUAAUGAUGAAAUUAGAAAGCAAACAAUAGAGAAUGAAAGAAUUCUUGGAAAAUUAAAAAUUCAAUAUCAAGAGGAAGAGUUGGUAAGGGAUCAAUUCAAUUCUGAGCUAGAAGCUUUACAAAGAACAUGCGAAAGAACAGCUUUAGAUCUUGAAUCUAUGAGAUGUCAAGUUACUCAACUUAAAAAGGAAUCUAAUGAGAAGAGUAAUCAAUUACGAGAUAUACAAGAAAAGAAGAAAGAUCUCGUAGAAAAGUUUAAAGUGGCUAAUGAAAUUUCACUAAGUGCUGAAGAAAGAGCUCAAGAAAUGGAUAAGCUACUCAUAAUGGAAGAAAAAUUACAGACUAGAUUGAGUAUUGAAUUGGAUCGUUUAAGGGAACAAAACUUUCGCAAUACUGAAAUUUAUACCAAGUUGAAGUCCGAAAAGAAGAAUAUCGAAUCCGAAAUUCAAGGAAUUUACACCACUAUACGUCAUUUGAAUACAAAGUUAACAAAAUUAGAUACAGAAGGUUUAAAGCAACAGGAAAUAUUGUACAACCAAGACUUCACUAUUCAACAAUUAGAGAGGAGAAUGGGACGAAUGCAUGGUGAAACUUCAAAUGAGGACAAACUAAGAAUGGAAGAAAAGAUAAAAGUUCUAUUAGAGGAGCUAAAAGAAAAAGAGAAUAAAAAGUCAAUUAUGAUACAGCAACUUAAAAGAUCACAGGAUGAUGUAAGAAGAAUAAAGAGAAAUUCCGAAAAGGCUAAAUCGGAAAUGGAUCAUUUAGUUUCGAAAAUCGAAGAAGUUGAUUUACACGCUGAAACGGCUGAGCGAGAAUUAAAAAAAACAAUCAACAAGAAACAAGAUUUAAUGGUUGAAGAAAACGUUCUGAAAGUUGAACUUAAAAAAGUCCGGAACAUUCUAGGAGACAAGGCGGAUGACGUUGUUAGUUUAAAGAAACGGAAAUUACAGCUGGAUAUUGCUUUAAAAGAGAGAUCUCGGGAAAUUUCUUUAUAUAAGGAUAUGAUGAUAAAUGAGAUGAGAUUGGUGGAGGACGAAAGACAGAAUGUGAGUUCAGAGCUACACGAGCGAGUAGCUAAAAUUGAUAAACUGAAAAAAAGAUACGAAUUACUCAUGGUUACAAUGGGUUCACCCGAAGGCGAAGAGGAGCAAUCUCAAGCUUUCUACGUAAUUAAAUCAGCACAGGAAAAAGAAGAGUUACAAAAAGAUGGAGAUGAAUUGGAUGCCAAGAUAAGAAAGGCGGAAAAAGAAAUGGGCGCUUUAGAAAAUACACUAAGAGUUAUCAAUUCCAGGAAUGAAAUAUAUAGAAAAAGCUUUAACAAAGUUCAAGAAACUUCAGAUGAAAUGGAAGAAAAACAAGAACUGGAAGAACAGUACAGGGCUGCUCAAGAUAAAUUCAAAUAUAAAAAGAGAUUAAUAAGAGAAUUAACUCAUGAUUUAAAAUUAAUGGGAAAUACAAUAGAAGAACUGUCGAUUGAAGGAAAUCACCUUUCAGAAAUGUAUGAACAGAAUAAGAAGAAAAUGUCGCAGCUGAAUAAAGAAAUAUAUAAUCAAAAUGAAUCUUUGGAUAGAGUCCAACGACAAACUCGAAACUUGAAUAAAGUGCUGAAAAAAGGAGCGAAACGCUCUACAGAAGAAACAGAUAUUGAACUAAGAGGUGCAAGAGAAUUUAAUAAAAGUGUUAUGAGAGAAAUUAACGAAGUUAUCACACAAUUUCCGAAUAUGUCUAAUUCUGCACAUGCAUAUUUCCUAAGCGCUAAUCUCCCUCCGCCUUCAAUGACCUCAACUCCAGCAUCAUCUGUUAGAGGAUCAGUCCACUCUUCCGGAUCAACGUCCAGUAGUAGAUCAUCAUUAAGUCUACGUUUAUGAGAAUCCUCAUAAUAACUUAAAUUAUCCAAAAAUUGUUUAAACAACUUAGAUUAUCUUAUCUAAACAAACAAAAUCCAUUCUAAAUAUUAUAUUGAACGAAAAAAAAUGUUAG